AUGCAAUAUCCAGAUAUAAUUUUAAAUUUUGAUAGUUCUGUUGUAUUAGGCGCAAUUACUGAUUCAAUGAAGCAAGAAACCGUUUCUGAAUCAUUAAUAGCCGUAAAUCUCCUUUCUCUUAUUAUUCACAGCGAUAUCGAGUUUGAUUUCGAUUUUGCUCCAUUAAUUGAUCUUGCGGAGUUAAAAGACACAAAACUAGAAUCAGCAGCUUUAUUUUGUUUAUCAGAACUCGUUCUAAAGAAUUCUGAAAUUUUGAAUCAAUGUUUAGAGAGAAACAUCAUUCAAAUUGCAGAAUCUAAAGCAAAUUCUCCAUCCAUAGUCCAAAAAGAGGCAAUUCGACUAUUGGCAGCUUUCAUUUGUGGAAUGACACGAUCUCAAAUGGAAAAUUAUAUUUCUCCUGUUUCUAUGAAGUUGUUAUUGCAAGGUCUUGAUUACGAUGAUUCAGAACUAUUAAAAUCAGUAAUACAAGCAAUGGAUUGCAUUUUUAGACCAAAAUGUGGCGAUUUUUUCAAUUUAUUUUAUUCUUUAUUUUUAGAAUGUGAUGGCUGGACAUCAAUUAAUAGUAUGAUGUGCAAUUAUGAUGAUCACUCCAUUCAAUUCUUAUCAACUGCUUUUUAUCAUAAUUAUUCUGAUAUUGAGUCUCUCAAUGAAGAAUGA